GUGAGAGAACAACACCGCCUCCUCCUCACCUGAGAUAUUUGUCUCCCGCUUCUGUUUUGGUUUUGUUCUUUGGUCUUUCUCCUGGGUUCCAGGUCUGCUACCUGCACUUCCCUCUUCACGUCCCCCUUUCCCGCCAAACCCUAAUUCGAUGCUCUGGAUGAUGGAUUGAUCGUACUAUAGGGGCGUGGCGUUGGAGUGAAAAUGGUGGAGAGACGGAAGCCUCUCAUAUUGUCCUCCACAAGAGAUCUUCUCGAUUCUGUACUCUUUUCGGCGAAUUCGAGUGCCGAAGGGAACGAUGGGAGAGUGACCGCUUGGAGGCGCCCAUCACUGCACCUGAAGGCGGGAAUCCUCAGGUUUUCCGGUGAUGGCACAGGAGGAAGCGAGCUUCAUGAGUGCGUGCAUCUGGUGGGGGUAUCUUCAUCGGUGCUUAAAAGACUCUGUGUGACCUCUGGUUCAGUGGUUCUCAUAAAGAACGCUGAUACCCAUGUUGGAAGGCUCGUGAAAGUUUUAGCUCUUGAUCAUCCAGUUUUAGAUUCCAUACAAAAAGAAUAUAGAACUUCUACCAUUAUUCCUUCUUCACAGCACGUAAUGCGGGUUUUACCUUCAAUUGAGUAUACUGCUAAUCACAUAGUAACAUUUGAUGUGGAAGUUGCUUAUGUCACUCCACUAUUAGCAUUCAACCUUGGAUUGCAUGUUUCAUCCCUUAAAGUUCUUCUUCAUGGAGGUCAAGAAUCUUUGAAGUCUCUUUUUGAGGUUGAAGAGAUGGAAACAGUGCAGGAAAAGAGGAAUGAAAAUGUGAAUGUUGUUCUUGUCUCAUGGACUAAUUUGCCUAGAUAUGCUUCACAUCUAAGAAUUUCUUUCAUAAAGAUGCCUCAGUGUGGUAUGCUUGAAUCUCUCAAGGGAAAUUCUAAAAUUGAGGCUGAUGAUCGCCAAGAUUUGAUUGAUUCAGCUUUGAAUGAUUACUUCAAGGUGGAUAGGUAUUUAACAAAAGGAGAUGUUUUCUGCGUUCAAAUAGACUGGAGUUGCAAUUCAGAAAUGUGCACUGUUUGUGACAAAAACUCUACAAAACAUUCCAAUAAUUUGAUAUACUUCAAGGUGGUGGCAUUGGAACCAUUAGAUGAGCCAACCCUUCGUGUUAAUCGCAACGGUACAGCUCUUAUUCUUGGAGGAAGUGUGGAAUCUGCUAUUCCUCCAGAUUUCUUUAUUGGAACUUCUAGAAAUUGUAUGCCCUUGCAGGGUGAUACAGUGAAAAACUUGGCAUCCAUUAUUGCACCUGUCAUAUGCCCUUCUGUGCUGUCAUCAAAAUUUAGAGUUGCCAUACUCUUACACGGUCCCGCAGCUAUGUGCAUAGGGCGUGGAAAACGAACUGUUGUUAGAUAUCUUGCUGGCCGGUUUGGCAUGCAUAUUGUGGAGUACAGUUGCCAUGAUCUCACAGCAUCAUCUGAGAGGAAAGCUGCUACGGCACUUAUUAAUGCCUUUAAAACUGCUCUUAGGUAUUCACCUUGCAUACUUCUUCUUCGCUCGUUUGAUAUGUUUGGGAACUCAUCUGCUAAUGAUGGUUCAGCAUUGGAUCAAGUUGCCAUUACAUCCGAAGUUGCAUCAGUUAUUAGGGAUUUUACUGAACCUUCGCUUGAAGAUGAAAUCUUGCACCCAAGGCAAAUGAAUGUUGGUGGUUUGUAUUUAGUGGAACCUGAAAAAGUUAGCAGGAAGGGUGUCUUGUUGGUUGCAGCUGCUGACCGCAUCGAAAGUCUUCAACCUGCUAUCAGGCGAUGCUUUAGCCAUGAGAUUAGCAUGGCUUCUCUGAGUGAAGCGCAGCGCUUUGAAAUGCUGUUUCAAGCACUUAAAGGUAUUAAUACUGCAAAUAAUGAGAACAUCACUCGAGAAUUUUUGAAAUACAUAGCUGAACAGACAUCUGGUUUUAUGCCGCGGGACAUAAAUGCUUUAGUUGCUGAUGCUAGCGCCGGAGUUAUAGAGAGGAUACUAAAUGGUGGCAGCAAUUAUAAUGUUGAAAAUGGAAAUUGUGUCCCAUUUGCCAAGGAUGAAGGAGGCUCUCGGACAUGCUCACUUGAGCAUUUGGGCAAAGAAGAUUUCUCCAAAGCUUUAGAACGCUCUAAAAAAAGAAAUGCUUCCGCUCUUGGUACUCCUAAGGUGCCUAAUGUAAAGUGGGAAGAUGUAGGUGGCCUUGAGGAAGUGAAGAGGUCGAUUCUCGACACUGUUCAGUUGCCUCUUAUUCAUAAGGAUUUAUUCUCUUCUGGAUUACGCAAACGGUCAGGUGUUCUUCUUUAUGGACCUCCAGGAACAGGAAAGACUCUGCUAGCAAAAGCUGUUGCAACUGAAUGUUCCUUGAAUUUUCUUAGUGUGAAAGGGCCAGAGUUGAUUAACAUGUACAUAGGAGAAUCCGAAAAAAAUGUUCGAGACAUAUUCCAGAAGGCAAGGUCAGCACGCCCUUGUGUCAUUUUCUUUGAUGAGCUAGAUUCUCUUGCUCCUGCCAGGGGAGCAUCUGGUGAUUCAGGUGGUGUUAUGGAUCGAGUUGUUUCUCAGAUGCUUGCAGAAAUCGAUGGCCUUAGUGAUUCCAGUCAGGAUCUGUUUAUUAUAGGUGCAAGCAAUAGACCUGACCUUAUUGAUCCAGCACUUCUACGACCAGGCCGAUUUGACAAACUUCUCUAUGUUGGAGUGAACUCUGACGCUUCUUAUAGAGAAAGGGUUCUUAUAGCCUUGACACGAAAAUUCAAACUACAUGAUAGUGUAUCUUUGCUUUAUAUUGCUAAGAGAUGCCCUCCAAAUUUUACUGGUGCAGACAUGUAUGCUUUGUGCGCGGAUGCAUGGUUUCAUGCUGCAAAGCGGAAGGCUUCUCACAAUCUGCAAGAAACAACUAUUAUAGAUGAAGCCGAAUCGGUCACUGUUGAGUUGGACGAUUUUAUGAAGGUCCUGGGUGAGUUAUCGCCAUCAUUAUCAAUGGCAGAACUGAAAAAAUAUGAACAGUUGCGGGAUCAGUUUGAAGGCUCUUUGAAAUAGGAGGAAAUCAGAUCAUGGUAAUUAUUCAAACUGUUAUACCUUGGCUGAGGCCUCAUAGUAAAGAGUCAAAGUUCGUUAGCAUAAAAUUUAUAGUAAUGUAAUUUAUUUCAAAAUGAGUGUGAUAAAUGAUAAAUCAACUAAAAUUUGUAUAAUAUAUAUAUAUUUCAAAUUCCAGACUGAAAGAUGAGAAUUCUUAGUUUAUC